AUGUAACAAUUUAAAAUUCUCUAGGAAUUAAUUAGGUAAUUAAAGAAACCCUUUGAAAAAAGAAGUGAGGAUGAUUUAUAUCCAAUUGAGAGGAUGGUUAGGAAGAUCGAGUUCUUUCAAAAAUAUUUUGCAGAUCAAAGAGAUCUGAAUUUUAGUUAUUACUUCGAACAUGAAUACGCAACUUAAAAUACAUCCAUAAUAAACAUAGAUUCAGUCGGAGACAAAUUCUAUAUAAUUCUUUAGGGACAGGUGGGCAUAUAUUUUAAGCCUAAUUUUAUGGAGGACAAGGUGUCAUCCACUAAGUUGUUGGAGAAGGUGAAAAUGAGAUUUCGAUAAGCAGUUAACAACAACAAGUUUAAGGAUUACUAGAUAAAUAAGAUAUCGUCUCAACAAUCGGAUUUGGCUUUAUUAAAAAUCUUGUUACCUGGGUAGUCAUUUGGUGAAACUGCUUUAGUGCACAAUAGACCCAGGGAUUUCAAAGCAGUGGCAUUAUAACCAUGUCAUUUUGCCGUUUUAAGAAGAUAAUACUUUAAGGAGGUGGUAAGGAUUGGCUAGGAGAAAUCUUCGAUGAAGGAGAUGGGGUUUUUUGCAAAUUUGGAGAUUUUUGAGGGAUGGAAUGUGAAUUCGAUAUACUAGGUUUACAAGGUGUUGGAAUAGAGGAGUUAUAGGAUGGGAGAUGUUGUGUAUGCAUCAGGGGAGAAUGCAAAUGCGAUUUACUUGGUAAAGGAAGGAGCUGUGGAUUUGUAACAAGUAUUUGUGGAGGAGAAGGAGGAGUUGGAGACGAGGUCGGCUUCUCCAUUUAUGAAGUAGAGAGGGAAGAGUUUGUAGAGGAAGAUUGCAACGUUGAGUAAACACCAGUUCUUGGGAUUAGAAGAUAUUCACAGUUAAGAGCAGAAGCACAGAUUCACUUGUGUUAGUUCUAGUUCAGACACAAUCCUAAUUAUUAUACCAGUGGAAUUGUAUAUGAAGAAAAUCUACAGUCAGCCUACUAGUCAAUCGUACGUUAAGGAGUUUAUAUAAGUUUAAUGCAAGUACCAAGAUCAACGAAAUUCCUAAUUGUAAAUAGCAAUCAAUUCCCAAAGACAGCAAUAGUAACAGAUCUUUGCGAGAAUAAAUUAAUAAUAAAAUGCCGACAUGUUGGAGUUUUUUUUUAAUUUGGAAGCGAGAUUUAAGACACUCACACAAGAACCAAUGAAGAGGUUGCCAAAAAGCCAGAUUGGAGAGAGAUCCCAAAAUUACAGUGCUCAUGAACAGUAUGUAGACAGAAGGUGUUUUACGAGAGCCAAGGACAGAUCUUUAUAGGGGAAGGUCCAGACACAGAGUUUAUACUAAAAUUAAGCAUAUAGAUAAGUGAUUCAUGAAUCAAGGGUAAUCGAGAAGAAUUUGCCAAAUCUGACUUCGUUUAUUGAUAAGAAUUCGUCUGGCUUGCAUCACUCGAAAUCAACUUAAGUUAAAUACAGGAGGAGGAGUCCAUAGAAACAAUAGCAAUUACAAUUUCAGAAUGUUUAAACUACGUUGAAUGAAGAGGAAUAAUAAUUAAUAUCAAAUAUUCUUUCGAAGAGAGCAAUUCAACCUAGAAAACAUACUUCUGUGAAACGAGUGAAGUCAACUGAGGAUUAUACACACAGAAGGACUUUAAAAUUCCAGGAUUAGCCAAAGAUCUGA